AUGGCUCAGACAAUCACAACCACCUUCUCGUCCAAGGCAUGGGACAUGAGGCCCCAGAACCUCGGCAUCGCUUUCGAGCACGACCACGCCAUCACCGAGAUCCACUUCAAGGGUGACAUGGAGGGCGUCGGCACGGGCUCUUACGUCGUCACUUACCUCCACGGCCACAGCAGCAAGAAGGAACACUUCUCAUACUCUGGACAGAUCCUCUUUGAGGGCACGAUCUGCGGUAAGAAGGGCAACAUCAUCAUCAACGAGGGUGGCUGGUCACGGGGAGACAGGUUCCACGCUAGCUGGAUCUUCGACACGGCUUCAGGUUCCGGCGAGCUCCAGGGCCUCGCGGGCGAGGGCGAGUACGACUCGGCGCCUGGCCCCACCAAGACCGACCAGGUGGUCAAGCUUGACGUCUCGUUCCCCUAA